CAGACUGGUGAAUGGUAAUAAUGACUGCUCUGGAAGAGUUGAGAUCCUGUAUAAUGGCCAGUGGGGGACAGUGUGUGAUGAUGACUGGGACAUGAAUGAUGCUGCUGUGGUGUGCAGACAGCUGGGAUGUGGAAGUGCUGUUAGUGCACAUGGCAGUGCUCAUUUUGACCAGGGUAGUGGUCAGAUCUGGUUGGAUGAUGUGGGAUGUUCAGGAAGUGAAUCAUCGCUCACAAAGUGUUUACAUCCUUCUUUUGGAACACAUAACUGUGAUCAUGGUGAAGAUGCAGGUGUCGUCUGCUUAGUACCAGACAUGAGGUUGGUCGGUGGGUCUGAUUCAUGCUGUGGGAGAGUGGAGAUCCGUUAUAAUGACACAUGGGGAACCGUGUGUGAUGAUCACUGGGACAUGAAUGAUGCUGCUGUGGUGUGCAGACAGUUACAGUGUGGAUCAGCCAUCAGUGCUCCUCCUAGCGCUGCCUUUGGUCAAGGCAGUGGAUCGAUCUGGCUGGAUGACGUUGAAUGUUCAGGAAGUGAAGGAAACCUCACACAAUGUCCACACAGAGGACUAAGAAAUCAUUCCUGUAAUCAUAAUAAAGAUGCUGGUGUUGUUUGCUCAGGUGAGCUGCGGAUGCCGACUCUUUCCCUGACCUCCACACAUGCAGCUGUUUCUCCUGGAGAAAGUAUCCAGUUCAGUUGCACAACACCUAAACCAAGAUGCAAGGCUAAAGCUGAAUUCCAGCUCUUCAGAAACGGACCAUCUGACCAUGUAUCCUCCCAGACACAUGAAUCUAGUGUGACUUUCAACCUUGUUAAUGUAGACGUCUCACAUCAGGGCAGCUACAGCUGUCGUUACUCCUACCAAAACAACAUCAAAUCAUCUUUGAGCAACACUGUUAUCAUCACUGUGGUGAUCUUGCAGCAGCCCAGUAUUUCCCUCAGUGAUCCUGAUGGAUGGUUUCAUGUGGGGCCUCAGGGGCCAGUGAUCACCAGGGGUCACAAUUUCACUAUCAUCUGUAACACUGACUCUCAGUUUCCUGGAGGAUCUUUUCACCUGUUCAGAGGAUCAAGCAUCACCAGGACUGAGUCAGCUGUCAGUCACUCUGCCUCCUUCUUAUUUCCUAAGGCAGAUUUUUCACUGGAGGGAAACUACAGUUGUGUUUAUGAAGUCAAUGUCUCCUCACGCUCCUUCCAUUCAUCUGCCUCUGAACUGCUGCUCAUCACUAUCACAGGUAAUGAUGUAUAA